CUCUCUCUCUCUCUCUCCAGUCUGCGAUGGCUGCUGCAACCUGGAAUGUCUCUCUGAUAUCUCCUAAAACCCUAGUAUUCAAUGGCUGCUCUUACCGGGGCACAAACCCAAACCAAAGCCCUAUACCCUCGGUUCCAAAACCUUCACCAACACCAAGUCUCCAACUCGUCUCUUCCUUCAGGUUCAACUCACUACUGACUCAGUUCCCAGCUCGGCCUCACUCGACCCCACGUGCUGCUGCGUCUCCAAUUCGAGCGGGUCUCGAUAGUGAGUAUUCGUCGAGGAGAAGUAGCAGCAAUGAGCCCAGAGAGACGAUCCUGUUACCGGGCUGUGACUACAACCACUGGCUCAUUGUCAUGGAGUUCCGCAAAGACCCUGCACCCACCAGAGAGCAGAUGAUUGAGACAUAUCUCAAUACUCUUGCUACCGUUUUGGGAAGCAUGGAAGAAGCAAAGAAGAAUAUGUACGCUUUUAGUACCACUACUUAUACUGGAUUCCAAUGCACAGUCGAUGAAGCAACAUCUGAAAAAUUCAAAGGAUUGCCUGGAGUUCUCUGGUGUUGCCUGAUUCAUACAUUGAUGUUAAGAAUAAGGAUUAUGGAGGGGAUAAAUACAUCAAUGGAGAAAUAAUUCCAUGCAAAUACCCCACUUAUCAGCCAAAACCACGUGGACAGUCUAAAUAUGAGAGCAAAAGAUAUGAAAGGCGAAGAGAUGGCCCUCCUGCAAGAAGACGACCAAGACAAGAAGCAGCUCAAUCAGAUUCAGCCUCUGGAUGAGGUUCUGUUAUUUUCUGUUGUAUGUCCUAGAGUCUCCUAGUUAUAUACUUUGUAAUCUUUAGGAUUGUUUUGAUGUCACCUUUUAUUGUCAAUACUUCGUUUGUAUCGUUGCUAAGGUGGUUAUUGAUAGAUGAACUGCUGGUGGUGGAUAUAAUUGCUAGUUUUGUAAUAGAAACGCUUGUCACUUGGUCACUUCUCAAUGCUUUUGUAAAACGCUAUGAAAUUUUACUUGGAUGAAAUAUGAUACUGUAUGAGCUUCUCAUUUA